AUGGUCGCACAGGCGCCAGACUACCGUUUCACUCUUCAACCGCCUCAACCGCCACUACCCGGGCUUCCGAAUUGCUCCAACACAGCCGGCCUACUGCGAGCCGAAAACCGCUCUGUGAGGUUCUACAACAACAACAAUAACUUACUGUAUGCCAGGCACUUUUCCAAGUGUUUCACAUAUAUAAUGAGAAUGACAAUUAUACCUAGCAGCCAGUGCAUGGGUCGUCAGCACCUGUGCAGUAAGCACUUCACACCUUCCUGCUUCCAGUGGCACUGGGGCGUGUGCUACCUGCAGCCAGAUUCUGUACCCUCCAUAUUCUCUGGACGUACCCCACUCCCCCCAUGCCUUGUCUCCCAAAGCAACCAGAAGCCAGUUGUACCUCCACAGGAGUCCACAUCCCUGUGUCCUGGCCCAGACAUCCUAGCUUGUAGCUGUGAACACCUGGUGGUGCUGGGGCCAGCAUCAGGGGACUCUGAGGAUGCAGCUACCCUGUUCCUGACACCCCCUCCACAGAGUGUUUUGCUGGCUCCCACAGGGCUUCACCCUGGAGUCCCCUCCCAAUACCUGCAGGCUGAGCUGGGCUACGCACUGGGAGCACUGCUUCAGAAGGUGCAGAGGCUGCAGCAGUGCCAAGAACAGCUCCAGGAAUCCCAGGCCUUCACCAUCAUCUGCGGAGAGCCCGACAUAACUGUGGCCUUUGCCCAAGGUCCUGUACUUCCCAUAUUACAUGUCAAGCCUGAGCUCCUAGACUCUCAGACCCCCAGUGCUAGGGACCAGGAAAGAUGUUACUGGACAGAUGACAGAAGACAGAGGAAGAGACUUGGUCCAUCCCCCUUACCCAUCCUUGGACGUAGCAAUGCCUCUCUCAAGGGCCCAGCUCCCACUCUCCUAGGGUCCCCUUAA